ACAACGAUAGGUUGAUCAUAUAUGAUGGAAUCAUCCAUCGCUCAAGAAAACCCAGCAAUGAAAACCAUUAUCAGUAAGUCCAAGGAAAAGGUUUUAUCGAUCCUGGAAAGCUACAUAAAGUUGGGAAAAGAUGAUCCAAGAAGAGUCAAGCACUCUAUCAAAGUCGCACUUGCCAUCACAUUGGUGUCAUUCAUAUACUAUGACCAUAAUCUUUACCAUACAUUUAAGUCGAAUGGGAUAUGGGCAGUGAUUACUGUGGUAGUUGUAUUCGAAUAUACUGCAGGUGGAACUAUAAGCAAGGGUUUAAACAGAGGUUUAGCAUCAUUUCUGGCUGGUGCACUAGCGUUUGGAGCAGCAAAAUUAGCAAACCUCAUAGGCAAUAUCUGUGGCACUGAGAAAGCAGAAGCCACUGUCAUUGGAAUCUCUGUCUUCAUGAUAGGAGGAGCGGCCUGUAUUAUUAUAUCGACUUUCAUCUAUCCGGUGUGGGCUGGUGAAGAUCUUCACAAUUCGGCUGCUUCCAAUCUAGAAAAGCUUGCAAACUACCUAGAAGGCAAAUUUCGCCAGAUGGGAAUUGGGCACGGGAAGUUCAGGUUUUUUCAUCCAUGGGAGCUGUACUUGAAGAUUGGAGCCCUUGUUCGAGAAUGUGCUGCACUGAUUGAAGCUAUUAAUUGCCACAUCGACUCUGAUAUUCAGAUGCUACUUCAUAGUCUUCAACGGAAAGGAAAAGGUCUCAAUAAGAAGAAUUAAAAUGGAGCUUAUUGUCUUAAAUGUUUUGAUAACUCAUAUUCUUUGUGAUUUAUAAAUGAAAAAAUAUACA